AUGCCUCUUUAUACAGUCAAGCUACUGGCAAUACUAGCAGCUGCAUCAGUAGCCUUGUUGGGCUUAUGGGCCGCAAAGGAGGUUGGGCGAAUUAAGAUGCCACUGUUGUUCUCGGUCUCCCAAGCCUUCACUGCUGGUGUCCUAUUCGCUGCUGGGCUCUGCCAUAUGCUACCUGAUGCUGUUGGGGAACUCGUCGAUACCUACGUAGACUCUCAACCGCAGUAUGGUGCCUUGUUGGCGUGCACUUCAGCCGCCAUGGCGUUCCUCUUCCUACUUUGCAUUGAAGAGAUAGUGUCGGCUCUACUACCCGCAAGCACAGCAGUUCCCCAUUCGGAGGCUGCCUGUGUUACGUAUAAGACUCAGUUCCCUAUUCUACCGAGGAAAGAGCUCGUUGGUCCCCAUGGGUGUUGCGAAGAUGAGGAUCCCAACGAUAGCUGUUGUGAAGUAGCUUACUCUUCUUCUUAG